AUGUGGGUUAUCGCAUCCAUGGCUCUUGAAACAUGGCUGAUCAAGGUGAAGAAGACAAUAUCAAACAGUUUUGAUUCAGUACGUGCCUCGGCGACACAGACGAAACCGGUGAUCAAGAAAUAUAAUGUUGGAGUUUUGGCCUUUGAGUUCGCGGGACUCAUGUCGAAGCUUCUCCAUCUAUGGCAAUCACUCUCUGAUAAAAACAUAGUUCGCCUUCGUAACGAAUCUGUACAUCUUGAAGGUGUUCGAAAGAUCGUCUCAAACGAUGAUGCUUUUCUUCUCGGCCUCGCAUGCGCGGAGAUGGUGGAAAAUCUCAGACUUAUUGCAAAGUCUGUGUCUAGAAUAAGCAAAAAGUGCGAGGACUCAACUCUUCGGUGCUUCGAUCGCUUGUUUGAUGAGUUCGCAGACUUGGGUCGUGAUCCACAUAAUUGGGUUUUGAGCUUGAAGGAAAUGGAAGCCAAGAACAAGAAGAUGGAUCGGUACGUCACUGCUACAGCUACACUUCAUAGAGAAAUGGACGAGCUGACAGUACUGGAAGGUGGGUUGAGAAAGUUAUUACAGUGCAAGGACAAUGAGCAGUCUAUCAAAGAACAAAAGAUCAUUGAUCUGCAAGAGAAGCUUCUUUGGCAACGACAGGAAAUUAAGUAUCUAAAAGAGAGAUCUUUAUGGAAUCGAAGCUUUGACACGGUCACUUCGUUGCUUGUUAGAUCAAUUUUCACCACGCUUUCAAGGAUCAAGCUUGUUUUUGGGAUUAGCCAUGGAUAUCCACCUUCUCUACCUCGUAGUCUCUCAGCUUCAGCCACAGUCUACCCUUCUGAAAACCCUGAUACAUGUAACUUUGUAUCCGGACCAGUGGUGAUCAAGACCUCUAAACCUCAAGAAAAGGAAGGUUUAACUAAUAAAUUAUUCGAAUCAAACUCCAAGAUGCUUAAACCUCCUGCAAGUACUUUAGGCUCGGUGGCUCUUGCUCUCCACUAUGCAAACUUGAUCAUUGUGAUGGAAAAGAUGAUAAGAUCACCACAGUUGGUGGGUGUUGAUGCAAGAGACGAUCUUUAUUCCAUGUUGCCAAAUAGUAUACGAUCAUCGUUGAGAGGUAGAUUGAAAGGUGUCGGUUGUUUGGCGAGUGAUCCAAUUCUUGCCGGAGAAUGGAGAGAUGCUUUGCAAAAGAUCUUGGGGUGGUUGUCACCAUUGGCACAUAACAUGAUCAAAUGGCAAAGCGAAAGGAGCUUCGAGCAGCAAAAUUUGGGGCCUAAGACGAAUGUUCUUCUCUUCCAAACGCUAUAUUUUGCUAACCAAGAGAAGACUGAGGCGGCCAUAACCGAGCUGCUUGUGGGUCUGAACUACAUUUGGAGGUUUGAGAGAGAGAUGAAUGCUAAGGCCUUGUUGGAGUGCAGCAACUUCAAUGGAUUCCUGAAUUUGCAGAAUUCUAGCUGAGGAGACCUCUUCUUUUUUUCCUUUUUUUUUGCGUUUUGGUACUAAUUUUGUUUCUGUAUGUUAUGUGAUGGUAUAUUUGAGAGUGAACCAGCUUCAGAUCUUUGAGGGUUUGUAUUGCUUUUAAACCCUGAUCUGUAAAUUGCAAUAUAAUUUCUGUA